ACUCAUAUUUUGACCCCUUAUUAUGAAAUUGCGGCAUUUUAUUUCCAGCAGGGAGCUGACUAUCGUAUCGUAGCUGAAUGCUGAGCUGGCAGUCACCCGUUCUUCCUCCUCGGACCUCCGCGCUCCCGCCCACUUCACCAUUCUAAACGAAUAAAAUAAGCGAAGACACUCUUCAAGAAAUUCACGAAAUUUUCUUUUCUUCGCUCUGUUGACGCCGUAGGAAAUUGGAAAUGAUGGUGAGAUUUGAUCAGAUUCUUCUGCUCACGCUUCUUCUCUUCUUCGGGAACUCAUUGUUGGCGUUCUCAGUGACUGAUCCUAUGGAUCUGUCAGCUCUUGAAGCAUUGUAUAAAUCCCUCAACAGCCCAACUCAGCUGAUUGGGUGGAAAUCAAGAGGUGGCGAUCCCUGCGGCAAUUAUCCAUGGACAGGGGUUUUAUGCUCUCAUCAUUCUGUAGUUUCCAUAAAUAUUAAAGGACUAGGACUGGAUGGGUCGUUGGAUUCACAGAUCUCCAGUCUCUUGUCACUGAAAGAACUGGAUGUGAGUUAUAAUAGCAUUGGUGGUGAAAUUCCUCACAGUCUGCCUCCAAAUGCUACCUACAUAGACCUGGCUGUGAAUAAUUUCAAUUCCAGCAUCCCUCACCCGAUCCCUUCUCUGAAAGUUCUCAGUUACUUGAAUGUUAGCUACAAUUCCUUAACAGGUCCGAUGGGGAAUGUGUUUACUAAUAUGCAGGAUCUAGAGCAGCUGGACUUAUCAUUCAACCACUUUGUUGGUGAUCUACCUAGCUCUUUUGGCUCUUUAGCUAAACUUCAUACACUCCAUUUAGAGAACAACGAUUUGACAGGAUCUGUUGUUUACUUGCAAGAUCUACCACUUACUGUACUGAAUCUGCAGAAUAACCACUUCAGUGGUUAUGUUCCAAAACAAUUUGAAUCUAUUCCGAGCUUGAGAAUUGACGGGAACCUGUUUCAGCCUGGUUUUAAAGGUCCUCCAUCUUCUGUAAAUGUAAGCACAGAAUCACAUCACUCACCAGCUGUUGUGAAAAUCAGUCAGGGACACAAUUUUACAUCAAGUUCCCUGUUUUGGCGAUUGUGCCUGGGAAUACCAGCUGGUUGCAUCUCUGUUGUUCUCUUAGCAGCUUUGUUGAUUCACAUUCAUGCAUCAUGUGAAGGCAACCUCGAAAGGCCUAAAAUCUCAGAUGCGUCUUUCCAUGUUCUCCCAGUUUCUGCACCAAGAGUGUCCAAAGUUAAGUUUGACACAUCCGUUACCAGUACAAGUCUUCCCUCAGUAUAUAACCUAAAACCUGAAAGAGACUCUAGAAGGAAAAGUCGUUCACAGUCAUUCAAGAAUCUAGAUACUCCAAAGCUUUUCUCAGCUUUGGAACUACUUGAGGCAACAAACAAUUACAGCGAGGACAAUGUUAUUGGUGAGGGUUCAAAUGGCCGUGUUUAUAGAGCUGAAUUUCCUGAUGGCCAGAUAUUAGCUGUGAAGAAGAUUAACAUGGUUGCACUGGCUGCACAUGAAGAGGAGGAGUUUCAAAAUGUUCUUUGGAAUUUGUUCUGUCUCAGACACCAAAACAUCAACACACUUUUUGGCUAUUCAGUGGAGCAAGGAGAACACAUCCUUGUGUAUGAUUAUGCUAGAAAUGGGUCACUCGAUGGUUUUCUCUUUUCAGCCAAUGACAAACAUAGAGCUCUUUCAUGGAAAGCUCGGGUGGCGAUUGCUCUUGAUGUGGCCCGUGCUUUAGAAUUUAUGCAUUGUGUAUGUUCUCCUCCAAUUGCACAUGGGAAUUUAAAGGCAAGCAACAUUUUACUUGAUGAUGAACUGACACCUUAUAUCAGCGAUUGUGGACUAACUGUGCUGUGGAAUCUUGUUGACUCAGAACCGAAGCUUGUUUCACCCAUCAAGCAGGCUGGAGAGGAACCUAUUUCUUCAAAUGGUUAUGCUGCUCCUGAACUCAGUGUCCCUGGAGCUGACAUGACUAAGUGUGACACUUACAGCUAUGGGGUAGUUUUGUUGGAGCUAUUAACUGGACGAAGGGCAUUUGACAGCUCAAAGAUAGAAGAGGAGCAACUGUUGGUCAAGUGGGCUUUUUCUCGUCUCCAUGACUCCAGCUCUUUAGAAGGGAUGGUUGAUCCAGCAAUUAGAGGCACCUUUCCCUCCAAAAUACUCUCUCGUUUUGCUGAUAUCAUCUUGUUAUGCAUUCAGGUGGAGCCAGAAUUCCGUCCCCCAGUGACAGUUAUAGCAGAAAGCCUGACGAGUCUUAUUCAGAAGAUGGCUCAUCCGCACCGCCACUCUAACAGGAAACGGAGUUCCGUUGAUGCUAGCAAGCUCAAUAUAAUGCCUGACAUGUCCUUCAGAUCAACUCUCCCUUACUUUGACCAACCCUCUUCUACCAUCUCUGAUUAAAUGUCCCCUUAAAAAAAAAUUUACGAAAUACUUUUAAAAUCUCUUUGCCCCUUCGGUAACUGUAAAUAUGAGGCUAAAAUGUAAAGCAAGAUUGUUCUUUUUUUUUUCAUACAUCUUGUGGUAUAGCAGUCUAAUUUUUUUCUGUAUGUAAUGAUUUUUACUGAGAGCUUUUUGUAGAGAAACCACUUUGGAGAUGUUA